CAUCUCAGAGAGGGAGAGACAGAGCAGCCAGCAGAUGCCAUGGAGGCCCCCUCAGCCCCUGCCCACAGAGGACUCAGCUUGUGGAAGGAGCUCCUGCUGGCUGUCUCACUGUUAAGCUUCUGGAGCCCGCCCACCACUGCCCGAAUCACUGUUGAGUCAAUCAAUGCUGCUGAAGGGGAGGAUGUGCUUCUCCUUGCCCACAGUCUGCCUGAGAAUCUUGUCAGCUAUUCCUGGUACAGAGGGGAAAGGGUAGACAGCAAACAUCAAAUUGCAACAUAUAUAAUAACACUUGCAAGAAUUCUACCCGGGCCUGCACACAGUGGUCGAGAGACAAUAUACACCAAUGGAGCCCUGCUGUUCCAGAAGGUCAUCCUGAAUGACACAGGACACUACACCUUACAAACCAUAACGAAAGAUACGCAGACUGAAGUAGCAAGUGGACAGCUCCGUGUGUACAAGCCCGUGGGGAAGCCCUCCAUCCGAGCCAGGAACACCACCGUCACCGAACAUAAGGAUACCGUGGAGCUGACCUGCCUCACAAAUGACACUGGGAUCUCCAUCCAUUGGUUCUUCAGGGACCAGAGACUCCUGCUCACAAAUAGGAUGAAUCUGUCCCAGGACAACAGCACCCUAAUCAUAGAGCCCGUCAGGAGGGAGGAUGCUGGGGGUUAUCAGUGUGAGGUCUCCAACCCCAUCAGUGCCAGCAAAAGUGACCCCCACAGGCUGGAUGUGCAAACAGAAAAUGACUACUCAGGAUACUCUGCAGGGACCAUCGCUGGCAUCGUGAUUGGGGUCCUCUUCGUGGUGGCAAUGGGGUCCUCCCUGGGGUGUUUCCUGUACCACAGGAGGACUGGGAGGGCCAGUGACCCACAAGGCCUCACAGAGCACCGACCCCCAGCAUCCACCCCUGGCCAGGGUCCCUCUGGAGCCUCCACCUCCCUGGACCCCCUCCCUGGCCCCAGGACAGCCGGCCCCAUCUAUGAGGACUUGCUGCACCCGAGCACAGACGUGUACUGCCGCAUCAGCCCCAGAGCCGACGGGGCUUCCUAGUUCCUCCGGGUCCUGCUGCUCCAGGGCUGUGGGGAGGGACAGCCUGAGACCCAGACCCUGGGGGGUUGGGAACUGCAUCCUGAGUCAGAGAACCAGCCCUGAGCCAGGAGGAUAUUCAGGGACCU